AAAAAAAAGUUCAAUCGAAUUGUAGCUCCAUACAGUUAGUUCAUCUUUCGUGCUCAUUUUUCAGCGCCAAAUAAUUAUGGCUCGUAACGAUGUUGGUUAAUGAAACGGCGUUCUUUGACUCAUCGGGCUGAUGAACCGGAAUGACUCCCAGAGGUCAAAGUUGACAUCACGUGUUGACACUUUGCUCACAUGCUGCUUCAGAUCACCCAUCCAUCCAUUUUCUGAGCUGCUUCUCCUCACGCGGCUUGCGGGCGUGCUGCAGCACACAUAAACAAACAACCGUUCGCACGCACAUUCACGCCUACGGGCAAUUUAAAGUUGUCAAUUAACCUCGCAUGCAUGUUUUUGGGAUGCGGGAGGAAAGCGGAGUGCUCGGAGAAAAGCCACGCAGGAACGGGGAGAACACGCAAACUCCACACAGGCGGGGCCGGGGAUCGAACCCCGGUCCUCACAACUGUGAGGCAGACGCUCUAAUCAUUUCAAGAGGGGGUGUAUGAAUGCGGCCGCACAAGUGUGCACGCCCUCGUAGAACUGUUCGUCGGCACACAGCGGCCACCGUUGCGAGUGCCUCUGGUGAACCCCAAAUCAAGUUCAGCUGUUCGAGUCGGCUUCAACAAUAUUGAUUGGAAGAAGCAAGUCAUUCAUAUAAUAUGGCCCAUUUAGACAUGGCGCUCCGUUGGUUCUUGUUGGUGCUCAUCGGCUCAUCCUCGGCUGACGACGAGUUCUACACUUCCAUCGGUCACAUGACGGAGCUGCUGUACACGGAGCAGGACCUGGUGGCCUCGCUGGAGGAUUACAUCCGAGCUGAGGAGAACAAACUGGAGCACAUCAAAAGGUGGGCUCAGAAGCUGGCCGACCUCUCGGCGUUUGCCCUCGAGGACCCCGAAGGAUUCCUGGGCCAUCCCGUGAACGCCUUUAAACUUCUGAACCGGAUCGACAGAAAGUGGAGAGAGCUGGAGAGCCUGGUGCUCACCGACGUCUCUCACGGUUUGGUCUCCGACAUCGCCGUCGGGAGGCUGCGCUUCCCCGACGAGGGGGACCGGACGGGCGUGGCCGUGGCCCUCCUGAGGCUGCAGGACACGUACGAGCUGGACACCGACAGCCUCGCCAAAGGGGAUCUGCCAGGAACCUCUCGGCUCCGCGGCGGCCUGACGGCGGACGACUGCUACGACCUGGGCAUGGUGGCGUACAAGGCCGACGACUUCUACCACACAGAGCUGUGGAUGUCUCAGGCUCUCCGGCAGCUGGAGCAGGGCGAGACGCCCGCGACCGUUGACGCCGUCACCCUCCUGGACUACCGCAGCUACUCCCUCUACAAGCAAGGAGAUCUGGAGAGAGCCAAGGAGUCCGCCGAGCGGCUGCUGGAGAUCGAUCCGGUAAAUGAGCGAGCCAACGCCAACCUCAAGUACUUUGAGUACCAACUGGCGAAAGAGAAGACGGGCGAGGCCACGCCGGAGACGUUCACGAGGGGUCGAGCUAGCUACAACGGCGCGUACGAGCGGCUGUGUCGCGGCGACAGCGUCGAGUUGACGCCGCGCAGACGGAGCCGCCUCUUCUGCCGUUACCAUGACAACCGGGGCCAUCCCAACCUCCUGAUCGGUCCCGCGAAAGAGGAAGACGUGUGGGACCGCCCGCGCAUCGUUCGCUACCACGACGUGGCGUCGGACGACGACAUGGAAAUAAUCAAAGAGUUGGCCAAACCCAAACUCACUCGCUCCAAAGUGAAAGACGGCAGGACGAACGAAGGUUUGGCAGUUCCUACCAGAAUCUCCCAGAACGCCUGGCUGGCCGACAACCAGUACGCGGAGGUGGACAGAACGGUCAGGAGAAUGGGGGACAUCACGGGCCUGGACACGUCCACGGCCGAGGAGCUGCAGGUGGUCAACUACGGCGUCGGAGGACAGUACGAACCGCAUUUCGACUUCCAAGGGGACGAGGUUCCUGAACCGUACGCAGAUUUGGGCACAGGAAACCGAAUCGCCACCUGGCUCGUUUACAUAAGCGACGUGCAGGCAGGGGGCGCCACCGUCUUCCCUGAAGUGGGCGCCGUUGUCUGGCCCAUCAAGGGAUCGGCAGUCUUCUGGUACAAUCUUCGGCUCAACGGAAAGGGAGACUAUCAAACCCGACACGCCGCCUGUCCUGUCCUGGUGGGGAGCAAGUGGGUGUCCAACAAGUGGCUGCACGAGCGAGGUCAGGAGUUCAGGAGACGCUGCGGUCUGCGAAGUUCCGAUUGAGCACGGGUCAAUUACACCAAGGGAAUCUUUUUGCACUCAAUUCCAUUUGAUGUUUUGUAUAGCUGCUACCAUGACAACCGUCACCUUUUUUGAGAAAGCAUUGUGUGAAAUUAAAGUGGGGCAAAAUCAAGAAGCUGCGAUGUGACCACGCUCUGCUUCUUUGUUUUAAGCAGAAUAAUUGAUUAACAGAAUAUUUUUAGAGGAACUUCCUGUUGGCUGCUUGAAGAAUUAAAAGUUGUUUUGUUACGCUCA